CGGCAAGGGCAAGUCCAAGAUCGAAAAUUUGGGGCCAGAUGACGGCGAUGAAUCUGAGCUGUGCUGCGGGAUAUGCCUGCUGGAAGCCGGAAAUGGUCGAUCCAUAAUUCAAGGAUGUAUCGACAGUUGCGAGCACUUCUUCUGCUUCUUGUGCAUCAUGGAGUGGUCCAAGGUUGAAUCCAGAUGCCCUAUGUGCAAGCGCCGAUUCUCCACCAUCCGUCGCCCUCCCAAUCCCCCUCUCUUCCUUUCAGAACGCCUAGUUCCCGUUCCUUGUCGCGAUCAGGUAUACCAUCAUUUUGGAAAUGUGACAACCGGGCCAUCCGACCCAUACUCAGAUGCCCGAUGCAAUGUGUGUCAUAAAUCUGACAAUGAAUGUCUUCUUUUACUAUGUGAUUUAUGUGAUUCCGCAUCUCAUACUUACUGUGUCGGCCUUGGCUCGAAUGUCCCGGAUGGCGAUUGGUUUUGCUCAGAUUGUACUAUUCUUAGGACUGAACACACAAAAACUGACACUAGGGAUGAUUCUGGCACUCAACUCAAACAACCUGACACAUCAUGUCAUCAAAUAUCUCCUAUGGGUGAAUGCGUGUCUAUCUUUGAUAUUGUCCGAGAACCAAACACUAGAUAUGUUGAAGGUUUGUCCUUAAUUAAAUCAGAUCCAAAUAGGUCAUCACCUCGAGCUGUUACUAGAGAAAGAGAUGAUAAGUUGGCUUCUUCAAGAACUAAUAAGCUUUCUGCUAAAACCUUGUGGAGGUGCCGUAACGUGCAUGACCGUAUACGCACCUUACGUGAAAAUUGGGAUGGGUUACAAAGUGGGUCCAUGUGUUUCCCGUCCAGCAAGAACCAUGACUGUGGGACCGAUGGACCACAACGUUCAGAUGAGAUAGAUAAGGCCUGGAAGAUGAUGGGUAUUGCCAAGUCAAUGAUGAACAAGCAUGAUGGGACCAAGACACUUACCCAAGCCUCGAAACACGCUCAUAAGAAAAUAGUUACCCAUAUAGAAGCAAAAGUCGAGCAUGUGGAGAAGAUAAGUACAUUUAGCAUAUCAUCAUCCCGCUCACAUUCUUUGAUGAGGUCAGCACAAAGUGUCUCGAGUAUUCCUUCUGAAGAGAAACUCUGUCUUUAUUCCUCAAGAAACAACAACGCUGGAACACUGAAGGAUGAAGUUGGGAUAGAAAAAGUUGACGAGAGGAGAAAAGCUAGAGAUAGAUAUGAAGCCAAGAAAGAGGUUCAAUGUCUGGUCAAGCUCAAUUUGAAACUCCUAUCCGGGGAUAAAAAACUAGAAGCAGAAAAAUUUAAAGAGAUUGCCAGACUUUCCACUCACUCCAUCCUAGAAGCUUGCGGUUUGGAGGCUCGACGCCCUGGAAUUCCUUCAUUCCCAAACUCGAAUAUGUGCAUCCAUGUCGAAGGCGGCCGUGAAAUAAGAAGAUCCACUUUGAUGCCCAAAUCCUGCCGCGAAUGUUUCUAUUUAUUUGUAAAAGACGUUGUCAACACCAUACUGUCAGAGAGAAAAGGAAGCGUGGGUCAGGACUCAGGACCUAGAUCGGUCACUCUCUAGCUACGCCCCUGUUAGACCUAGAUCGGUCACUCUCUAGCUACGCCCCUGUUAGACCUAGAUUGGUCACCCUCUAGCUGCGCCCCUGUCUUCCUGUAAAGUUGUCUAUUUAUUAGUUCAAAAUUCAGCUUGCUGUCCUGGAUAUAGUAAGGCGCUCGUCUUUUGAGGAGUUUGGCCCUGAACUCAUUCUCCAUCAGCUUGCCGUUAUGGAUAUAGUUGUUCAGCUCGAACACCUGCUAGGGCUUUACAAGGGAUAUUGCAUUGACACGAAAUCUCCGUAUAUGAGGUAGACUUGGACUCGGUUCGGGUCACCUGACCCGUGACCCGGCCUGGCCCGCUGCUGUGCGGGCCCGGGACCGGCCCACUAUUGUGCGGGCCCGAGAUCGGCCCGGUGGUGGUCCGGGACCAGGUGUAGACCCGAACCGGGGGGAUGGGCGGGGCGGGCUCGGUUCCGGAAAUAGUUGACCCGGCCCGGUCGGGUCGGGCCCGGUCCGGGUCCAACGGUCACAAUUUUUUUAAAAAAAUUGUUUUGGACUUUUGGGCCAAACUAGCCGUUGGGGGGUGAGCUGGGGACAACCCUAUCCCAACAUUUUAUGGAUGAAUCUACAACCGAGGGUGACUCUACCUAUGUCGGAGAUUCCGAUUGAUUAGUAUUUCACUAUUUCAUGUUUUAAUUUUACAAAAUGUAUUUCAUAUUGUAUGUUUCUCUUAAUUGUCAAAUGUAGUUCCUAUUUCAUUUCAAAUAAAUGCACUUGAAGUUUGUUUUUAAUACUUGUAUAAAACUAUAAAGUAUAAAACUAUAAAUUAUAAAAAAAAAUUAGUUUUAACCGGCCCGGCUCGGCCCGGCGAGUGGCCCAACCCGUGACCUGGGCGGGUGGCCCGGCCCGAACCGGAUCCGUCCAACCCUCAGGCCGGUCCCGGGUCCAUGAGAUACAAACCGGCGGCCCGACCCGGCUCGAGUCCAUGCCUAAUAUGAGGCAUCCAAAAAUUUGCACCGAGCGAUUUUGCUGGUGUACUAUGGGAGCCUGCAUGCAUUGUCCGCACUUUUGUCAUUUGAGCUUCAAGAGUAUAUCGGCCUCAACAUUCUCUAUGUGGGAGAUUUGCCCUACCCUUAAUUGCUUCAAUCGAGUGAUCUCUUCUUUUGUCAGCUUCGGCUUAUAUGGCUGACCACCUGUAAUACUCCAAAUUUUUAAAACAUGACUAGUAAAUUUAUUUUGGACCAAAAUACCAAAGAAUAAAAAAAAAUCAAAAAUAAAAUGAAAAUAAAAUAGAUAACAAUUUAUCAUACAAGAAUAAAGUUGUAUAAGUCAAAAUUCUCAAAAAUACCAAAUAGUGUCCUAAACACAUCUAUACACCUAUAUAACUUUAUAUAAAUCAUAUAAACCUAAAAUAGCCAUUU